AUGUUUCCCCUCGCGCUGAUCCCGGGCGAGGGCAGGAAGGACCGAUCGGAAAGGGAUCCAGCCGCCUCCCGAACGUGGCAUCAGGAGCAGGAGCUCGAGAAGCGCUUUGCGGUAACCCCCGGGACCACGGUCUUUGGGGGGGAUUUGGAUCGACUCGAGCGGGACUUUAUGCGGGAGUUUCACCAACGCGGGGUGGAUCUUCCGCCGCUCGAUGCCGUGUUUAGUGAAUUCGGCGGCGGGCGGGUUGGGAAGCGGAUGCAAUGGUUGCCUUCCUCCUCGUUUGAGCAUUUUAAAGAUGUCGAUCGUAAUCGAGCGCGAGAGACGGUUGUCGGGGAUGCCUUUAAUCGAAACCUCUCCGCCUACCACAUGGCGGCGGAGGCGUACCGGGAAAAGCAAGAGGCAAAGGCCACCGAAAUGGGUUCAAAAGUUGGGGAAAACGCCAAAGGAAUUAAUUAUUGCAAAAUUCGCAACGAUAACGACGGGGAGUUGGAAUUGGAUUCGGUAAAGCCGCAGCCGACGGAAGUCGAGCACCAUGAUCUUGAGGCGCAUGAUAACCCUCAUUUUCCUCUACCCAGUGAAGAACCCGUCAUCGUCCGCAGUGUUUUUAAUGCUCUAGAAAACGAAAACGAUGCGAAUGACGACCAAAAUUAUUCCUCCACAUGCCAUCAUCUUGUCAUUGAUGCGCGGAAGGAUUAUCGGCCUGUACUGGAAACCGUAGAGGGCGAGGAUGAUACGUUUGAGUACGAUGCGUACAAACAACGGCCUGCAGAAAAAGGAAUGUUGGAGCUGCGAGGGUUGGAAUAUUGGGAAAAUUACGAAAAUCGAAAACGACUAGAAGACCAGCUGCAAUAUGAGGAUGAAUCAUACAAGAUGGAGAUGCUCCAGGAGGGAGCGAUGGAUACAAGUGAGGUGGAGUAUAGCGUCAAUCGUGUGAGAAAAGAGGUUUUGCUGUACUUUCAAGCCCAUCCGAUAAACGAAAUGAUUCAAGAAUCGUACGUUCGCAUCCGCGAAAUCACGCCGAGUGAUGGCAGCGAGCGAAUCACCUUCAACCCCUAUGAAAGGUAUGAGUUUGACGACGUGGAUGCGAAUCCCCCUGGAACCAACCACGACAACGAUGAGGCCGUGCGGCGGAUGCGGAUGGACGUGGAUAUUCCCGUGCAGGAGGCGCGUCGGCUUGCGCAGGGGAUGGCCCUCGACUUGGUUCGCAUAGGGUCGAUCCACACCGACAAGAGCGAUCGCCGUGUGAUCGCGCUGUGCCGGAUCGGCGACCACCGCGAGCACCUCCGGGAGAUGCUGCGCUUCAAACUCCAAAAGCUCGGCGUGCAGCCGCCCCCGACGCGGUCGUGCGUGGAGGUCCCCUUCCGCGGCGGGACCCACCCGCACGCGAUUCGCUUCAAAGCCGUCGGCAUCGCCAAGCACCUUCUGCAGCGCCACACCGUGCGGAUCCACCUCAGCGACUUCGGCACCCCGCGUGAGGGCUUUCCCGUCCUGCAGUGCAUCCUCGACGAGGUCCGGCGCCAGUGCACGGCCCUCCGCGCCUUCCACAGCGCGGGCCGCCCUCGCGCGGGCCCCGACGCCCUCUUCUGCGACCUCCACCCCACCACGGGGCCCUCGCCGAAGACCGCCGUCCGGCACCCCUCCCCGGAGGCCCUGCGCCGGGCCGCGGCCCUCUACAGCCUCACGGAGGAAAAGCGGAUCUUCUUCGACGACCUGCGCGAGAUCGGGGGGGCGCGGGAGCGGGGGCGCUACCUCGCCCAGCUCGCCCGCGGGACGGCCUGGGCGGCCAAGGACGACGGCCUCUCCCUCCAACGCCAGCGAGCCCUCAAGGUCCGCCUGGGGUACCUUCCUAAGGGGAACAAGGAGCUCUACGCGGCCCGCGGGGAUGUCAACAUCCCGGCCCCGUUCCGCGCGAGCCACCCAACCUCCGUCGGGGCCUGGACAAACCCGGUGGAGUCGAACCUCGACCAGGCCGCCCGUGGGGCCGCCGUCCUCGGCAAACGCGCCACCAUGCCGAUUAGCGAAAUGCACGACCGAGGCGAGACGCCAGAGAACGAGAGCGUGUUGGAUUAUUUUUACUACAAAGCCAGCGGCUACGCGUUGGAGAUGGGAGAACUCAAGGAGGCCUUUGGGCUGAAGAAUAACCGGCGGAAACCACCACCCCUCGCGCCAGGGUUCGCGACGCUGGGAAAGGGGCAAAGCAAUGACGAAAACCCUGCGUUUCCUCGACAGAAUGCUACAAAGUAA